GACAAAAGAGUUUAUAUGAUCUCUCAACUUACCACCACCACCAACACUAACAACAAUUUAAUGUUGCCAACAUCAUCACCCGCACAACCCACUUUCAAUAGGUGUAUUGAUCUUUUGCAAGAAGCAAGGGAUGAUGUUAUGACGUCCUCCAAAAGGCCUAGGGGUAGACCCUCAGGCUCUAAAAACAAACCUAAACCACCUAUCAUUGUCAAAGAAAACUCAGAGACUCUCAUGGAAAUGCUUUCCAUUGAGAUCCCUGCUGGAAAAGAUAUUGUGGAGUAUCUCAUCAACUUGGCUCGACGUCAUCAAUCUAGCUUAACAGUGGUGAGGGCUUAUGGCCCUGUCAUUGAUGUUACACUUCUCAACCUGGUGUCACAUACCCCUUUUUUCCCCAUUGGAGGACCGUUCCGUAUGAUAUCUCUAUCUGGAACAUACAUAAAUCCCAAUUGUGGUCAUGUUCCUCCCCGAUUCGUCACCGAUCCAUCAUUUUCCUCUUUUUCCAUUUACCUUUCUGGAGGUCAUGGGCAAGUGUUUGGUGGAGUUCUUGGAGGGAAGGUAAAAUCUGCUGGUGUUGUUUUGAUUACAGCCACUCUUUUCAAGAAACCUGUGUUUCACAAGAUGGUCACCAUAAAUGGAACUAUUCAAGAUAUUGAAGAUGAUGAUCCAAUAUAUGGUGAUCGUGUCCUCAUAAAUGGUGAGCGUGUUGCACCAGAAUCUAACAACAUUAAUGUUCUUAAUGUUCGAGGCUUUGGUUUUAUGGGUUCUGAUUUAACUUAUGCAAUCAAUCAUCAAACAAUUUCUUCCCGUCUUCCUAUUGAUAUGAAUGUCAUGCAGUGGAACCAUGCCACUUGGGUUAAUAAUUAUUAGUUAGAAAAAGGAUCAAGUAUUUUUGUUAUAUGGUUUAUUGAGUAUUUUUUAUGUUUGAAUAAAAUGAACUAAAUUUCAUGUUUGUUUAGAAUUUUAUGUGUCACCAUGGCAUCUCUUCAUCAUGCUGGUUAAUCUCCUUCAUUUUUAUUUUUCAUGUCUAAUUUAUGUACUUUCAAAGAGUUGAAAAUUAUAUAACAAAUAUUGUUUUGGUGCUUU